AAAAAUAAGGGACGUUACUCAAAAUGGCGCAGACAAAUCAACUUCCGGUGAGACCGAGACCGAGGAGCGAGGAAAUGAAAAAUAAGAGAAGUGAAACGGGGUCCUUGAGCAACUGCACAUGCUUCCGGGUCCAAACUCCUAACCCGUGGAGAGGAGCUUCAGUCAUUCCUCAGUUAAUGUUAGAAUAAAGUACAUAAAAGUGAAUGAUGUCUCCAGACUCGGAUCAGAGCGGUGUUUCUCUUCCUGUCUCUGGAAUACUGAUAGCAGUGGUGUCGAGUUUCAUCAAUGGCUCCACCUUUGUGCUGCAGAAGAAGGGGAUAUUACGCUCCAGAGACAGAGGGGGGUCGUACCUCACAGAUGUGGUGUGGUGGGGGGGCACUCUGGCCAUGAUUGUUGGUCAGAUUGGGAAUUUCCUGGCGUAUAACGUGGCCCCCGCUGUGAUCGUCACACCUCUGGGAGCCCUGGGAGUGUUAUUUGGGGCUGUGCUGGCCUCGUGGAUCCUGAAGGAGCAUCUAAACAUUCUGGGGAAGCUGGGCUGUGUUUUAUGCUGCUGUGGCUCCGUGGUGCUCAUCAUCCACGCCCCUAAAGCCGAGACUGUGACCUCCAGAGAGCAGCUGGAGGAGAGGCUGGCAGACCCAGUGUUUGUGAGCUACGCCCUCCUGGUGGUGGUGCUGCUGCUCGUCCUCAUCCUGUUUGUUGCUCCGGCUCACGGCUCCUCUAACAUCAUGGUGUACGUCUCCAUAUGCUCCCUGCUGGGCAGCUUCACCGUGCCCUGCAGCAAGGGCCUGGGCCUGGUGGCAGGGGAGGUGUUUGGGGCCGAUGGGGGUCGCGCUCUGCCUCUCUUCCUCUUCCUGCUGUGCACGCUCGCCGUCAGCAUCCUCCUGCAGUUCCUCUACAUCAACAAGGCCCUGCAGAGCUUCAGCUCCAAUGUGUUUGAAGCCGUGUACUAUGUGGCAUUCACGUGCUCCGUGAUCGUGGCGUCCGCUCUGCUGUUUAAGGAGUGGACGGCUCUGACGGCCACACACAGCCUGGCCCUGCUCUGCGCUCUCACCACGGUGUGUGUCGGAGUCGCUCUGCUGCGCAUCUCACAGGAGGCCGAGGUCACCUGGAAGAAGAAGGCGGACUGAUGGAGAUGAUUUAUGUUUACAGGCCGUUAUGACACAUUAAGUAUUCCAUCCAUGCAGGUAGCAUUCCUCAUAACAUACUUGAUUGGUCAAAACUCAGUUUAAAUGAACAAUUUAUAACUACCUUGACUUAACAUUUAACUUGAAUCUCUUGCAGUUUCUUAUGGAAAGUUCUCAAUUACUGUGUAACCUAUAAUUAAUUAAAGAGGCCCAACUAUGCUUUUGGGGGUUUCCGUUUCCUGUAGUGUGUUUUAUAGGUUUUUGUGCAUGUAAAUGGUCUGCAAAGGCUAAAAUCCCAAACUUCCUCUCCAACCAAUCAGAGCAGACUGGGCUCUGGUUUCAGACAGAGGGUGAAAAGAGGUAGUAUGAAUACUUAUAUCAGCCUGAACUCGAGCAUACUAUGUCCUCUUUAAAUAACACCUGGGUAACAGUUAAUUUCCCAUGUUAUAUUUUGCCUAUUUGCAAAUAGGUACAAGAGGCUUAACGGACAGAUGCAACCUGUUAAAUAGAAACUUAAAAUAAUUCUGUUUAAUUGAAUAAGCUCUUUAAAAGUUCCUCCAAUGAAAGACUAUAUGACCGACACUUUAACUUAUUCAGUGAGCCUGUGAAUUAUUCAGUGUAACUUAAGAAGCAGCCUCUUUAGUCCAGGAGCUGUGAAGACGAGUUUGAACAAUGACUGAAUUAUCUCUAUGUCUGAUAUACCAAAUAUAAACUUUUUAUUUAUUUAUUAUUUAACGUGGUAACUGUGAUGUGAUGUCAAUUAAUUGUUGAUUAAUUUGAUUAUGGACAAUGUAUUUAAAAAAUAUGUUUACAUUCAUUUCUACUAUUUGUUAUAAAAGUUUAAAAAACACGCGUUUAAAUGUAGUUGUACUUCAAUUUUACUAAUACAGAUUACUAUACAUGUAGUUUAAAAAAAUAUAUGGGACUCAUACUUUCAUUAAAGUAUUCGUUUUAACUCCUCACCAGUUGUUCACAAAUGCUGUUGUCCAUUAUUUGUAAUAAUGUACACGCUUUUGAAUAAACAAGGAUUUUACUACA